AUGGCAACGAAUGGAGUGAACGGAAACCACGGUGUUGCAGCCAGGCUGAAGGACAACCGCGCGAAAGCGAUUGUCGACGCUGCCUAUGCCGGCAAAUACGCGAUUCCGGCCGUCUGCUGCUACAAUCUCGAGGCCGUGUUGGCGACGGUGCGAGCUGCCGAAGCCAAGCGAUCUCCAGCUCUGAUCCAACUGUUUCCCUGGUCGAUCGAGUUCGCCGACGGUCUGCUCUUGCACGCCGCCGCCGAGGCUGCGGACAAGGCCACGGUACCAGUCGGCGUGCACAUGGACCACGCGCAGUCGCCGGACAUCAUCAAGCGCUCGGCCGACCUGGGCGGCUACGACGGCAUCAUGGUCGACAUGAGUCACUACGAAAGGGACGAGAACAUGCGGCUGAGCAGAGAGCUCGUCGAGUACUGCAACGCUCGAGGCAUCGUCACCGAGUGCGAGCCGGGCCGGAUAAACGGGACGGAAGACGGCAUCGCCGACACGGAGGGCAUGGAGGAGAUCCUGACGACGCCUGAGCAGGCGGAGGAAUUUGUCCGUCUGGGGAUAGACUGGCUCGCCCCGGCGUUCGGCAACGUCCACGGGGUCUACGGCCCGAAAGGCCCCCAGCUGGACUUUCCCAGGCUGGCGAGGAUUCACGAGCAAGUCGGCGAUCGGGUGAGGCUGGUGCUGCACGGGGCACACGAGGACUAUUUCAAGGAGGAGCUCCUCAAGAAGUGCAUAUCGUACGGAAUGGCGAAGGUCAACAUCAACGGGCCGGUCGCAGCGGCGUGGACGCAGGUGCAAGGGGAGCUGACGGGGAAAGUGCCGUUGACCAAGGUGCUAGAAGAACAGACCAAGGCCAUGCAGGCGGUGGUGGAGUACCACAUGGAUUGGUUGAUGUCCACCGGCAAGGCAUAG